AGCAGCAGUCUAAAUGGUCUUAAUGGUGUUUUUGGGGUCGUUGUUCCAGCAGCAGGCCGCCUGGUGGCGCAGUGCGCUCUGCUCUGUGGAUCAGUAGCGGUAGAAGAGGAGGAGGGAGGAGGCAGCAGCAGCAGAAGCACAGCAGCCAGCCACACACACACACGGUCCAUAUUUCCAGAGGAGCCCGACAGACACACACUCACACACACUCACUCUCUCUCUCCCUCCAACAUUUUCCUGUCGAGCUCGGGUAACAAAACAAGCGGAGCGGGACUCGUGCCGCUCUCCGGACGCACAGACGCGCAGCUGAAUCCCAGGACUUUGGUUUGCUCUUUAUUCCCGAGGACGUCCCUUUACGCACACACACACAGCUUCUCAGGAUACAAGUUAUUUACAGAAGAGAGAAGAUCCCCGAAGAUGGGUUCAGUCCCAGCGAUAUCUGUCCUUAUUUUGGGCAUAGUGGUUCCAGCACUGGCCGGAUACAUCGAGGCGCUAGCGGCAAAUGCAGGCACUGGGUUCGCUGUGGCCGAGCCACAGGUGGCGAUGUUCUGUGGAAAGCUCAACAUGCACGUCAACAUUCAGACCGGCCGCUGGGAACCAGACCCAUCCGGUACCAAGAGCUGCGUAGGAACCAAAGAGGGUGUGCUGCAGUACUGCCAAGAGAUGUAUCCUGAGCUUCAAAUCACAAACGUGGUGGAAGCCAAUCAGCCAAUCCGAAUUGAGAACUGGUGCAAAAAGGAGAAGAAGGUGUGCAAAGGACACGCCCACAUCGUGGUGCCUUACAAAUGCCUAGUGGGCGAGUUUGUGAGUGACGUGCUUCUGGUCCCAGAUAAGUGCAAGUUCUUCCACAAGGAGCGUAUGGACAUGUGCGUCAGCCAUCAGCAGUGGCACGGAGUGGCCAAAGAGGCCUGCGCCAAGAGCUCCAUGGAGCUGCACAGCUACGGCAUGCUGCUGCCCUGUGGCAUCGACAAGUUCCACGGCACCGAGUAUGUGUGCUGCCCCUCCUCUCGCGGCGGGGAGGCGGCUCCGCCUUCCCUGCCCUCCCAGGAGGACGAUGAAGAGGAGGAGAUAGAGGAUGAGGAAAUCGACGAGGCUGACCUGGUGGAGGAGGAGGAGGACAGUGAGAAACCAGCCGACGAGCAGCCCACACAAAAGGAGGAGCCAGUGGAUUUGGACGAAGACGAAGAGGAGGAAGACGAGGAGGAGUACAACUAUGUCUAUGAGGAUGAAGACAUGGAUAAGGAGGAAGAGGAAGAGAAGAGAGAGAGCAACAAAAUGUCAGAAAGCCAAGAUGAGGACAAGACUCUGCAGGAAGUGAAAGCGGUGUGCACCCUGGAGGCUGAGACCGGCCCCUGUCGCGCCUCCAUGCCUCGCUGGCACUUCGACUUGAGCCAGAAGAAGUGUGUGCGCUUCAUAUAUGGCGGCUGUGCUGGCAACCGCAACAAUUUCGACUCAGAGGAGUACUGCAUGGCCGUGUGCAAGCGCCUGACCUUGCCGCCCACUCCUCAGCCCACCGACGAUGUGGAUAUCUACUUUGAGACUCCGGCCGACGACAAAGAGCACAGUCGCUUCCAGAGGGCGAAGGAGCAGCUGGAGAUCAGGCAUCGCAACCGCAUGGAGAGGGUAAGGAAAGAGUGGGAAGAGGCUGAUCGCCAGGCGAAGAACCUGCCUAAGGCUGAGAGGCAGACAUUGAUCCAGCACUUCCAAGCCAUGGUUGAGUCCCUGGAGGAGGAGGCAGCCAGUGAGAAGCAGCAGCUGGUGGAGACUCACCUCGCCCGGGUUGAGGCCAUGCUGAAUGACCGGCGCCGUCUGGCCCUGGAGAACUACCUGGCUGCCCUGCAGGCCGACCCCCCCAGGCCCCACCGCAUCCUGCAGGCCCUGAGGAGAUACGUCCGCGCAGAGAACAAGGACCGCCAGCACACCAUCCGCCACUACCAGCACGUCCUGGCUGUGGAUCCUGAGAAGGCCGCUCAGAUGAAGUCACAGGUGAUGACCCACCUCCGUGUGAUCGAGGAGAGGAUGAACCAGAGUCUAUCUCUGCUCUACAAAGUACCCUAUGUUGCUGAAGAGAUUCAGGAUGAAAUUGAUGAGCUACUCCAGGAGCAGAAAGCUGACAUGGACCAGUUCCUGUCGUCCAUUUCUGAGUCACAGCCAGAUGUCACCGUGUCGUCGGAGGAGAGCGUGGAAGUUCCUCUGCCUGAGGGCAAACCAUAUCGCCCCUUCCAAGUCACGUCCUUAGGGUCCCGUUCAGAGCCAGAGGGCUCCGCCAUGUCUGGGUUAGACGGUCUGAUAGGUGCUGAGGAGAGAAUCAUCAACAGCAAACCCAAGAUCAGCAAUAAUGUGGUGAUUGAUGAGUCUCUGGAUGUUAAAGAAGUGGUUUACAGUGCAGAGAGAGUCAGCGUUAUGCAUGAUGAUGAGCUGGAGACGUACCGCCCCCUGGGAGAGGACUUCAGCUUUGGGAGCAGUGCACUCAUCGGCUUGCUGGUGAUCGCGGUGGCCAUUGCAACCGUGAUCGUUAUAAGUCUGGUGCUUUUGAGGAAGAGGCAAUACGGCACUAUCAGUCAUGGCAUCGUGGAGGUUGACCCCAUGCUGACACCAGAGGAACGCCACCUCAGCAAGAUGCAGAACCAUGGCUACGAAAACCCCACCUACAAAUACCUGGAGCAGAUGCAGAUCUAACCAGAGCCUACAGAGGGCGCUGAGGGGGAACAUACUACUGACCAAUAACAUAUGCUAUUGUUAAAAUCAUUUGCAUACAUCCAAACUCCAUUUACUGGUUUGUUCGAAACAAUCCUUGAAUAAUGCUACUACUCUUACUACUGCUACUAUUGUACUAUAGAGCUCUUUUUGAUCAUUUUCUUUUGAAUAAGGUGAUGUAUCUGCCAUUUUGCAUUAUGGAAAAUGUGACUCUGCAGAUUUCUCUGUAAUUAUCAAUACAGCUAUCUCAGAUCAAGAUGUAUAACAUUUCUUCAGACUUUUUUCUUUAUUUUUUUGACAGUGAACAGCAAAUUAAACAAAAUGUAAAUGUUUCUGAGGAGCCAUCAUCGAAAAAACCGGCGUACCAGACACUGAGCUUUAGUUGUCCACCCUGCAGGUGUCAUUCAUGCAGUUUCUGAUGGUUUUCUCUGGAAGAUUUGGUGUUUCAUUUUUUAUUUUUCCUCUCAAUAGAUUGCUUGUAUAUGAAGGUUCUUUGUACCAAUUAAAAAUGUAUAGUGAAACAACAAAUGAGAAAAAAAUGAAAUCAUGGACUAUUUACUUUCUGUUCUUUGUUAUUAUAACAGACAAAAUAUACAUAUACAGUUUAAAUAUAUAUAUAAAGUAGAUGUUUUUACUCCACCGUUUUUCCUAGGGAAGAGGUUAUCAGUUGGUUUAGGGUUCUUCGCUUUGGUGGUCAUGAGUUGAAGGCGAAGGUGUGCACAGACCCCCAGCUCAAACACAUCACGGGAAACCUACUCUGAACCCUUACUCAGUGAAUGUGACAAUAAAUCCCCUUUUACACACACAAACACCUGCUAUCAAGAGUCAACAGAAUAAAUUAAAGACAAAGUAAUAAGUAGAGAGAUGUUUUACAUAGCUGAAUGUAUUGUGGAAGCUUUUUUUUCUCCACACUAUGUACCAGGUUCCUCUGUGGCUUAUAAAUGCGCUGUCACAAACUUUGAGUUGUGACAGUGGGGCGAUGGCGUGCCACUCUGGAAACAAGUGUUUUUUUACGUUUGUUUGUUUUAACUUGUCUGAAGCAAAGACCAAGUACAAGAAAGCUACUUUCAAAAAGACAAUUGGGGGAUGAUGUAUGCACACAUUAUUGCAGCAACUGUCGGCUUUGCUGGUCAUAAAGCGUAGAACAGUCUGAUGGAUCAAAACAGGGCCGGCCCAAAGGCUCGAAUGAAACGAGUAGCUGCCCACCCAGUAAAGAGAAAAUGUACGAUAUUCAGUGAGUUUGACGGUGACGGCGAACACAGCUUUGUAAACCUGAAUAAACUAACUAUGGUGAUUGCAACAGAUACGCUUGAUAAGUACUAAACUCUCUUUAAUGUUGGGGGAGAACGUGCAAUCUGGAUUUUGUGGUUCUCCUCACACCCAGAACGGCCGGGGUUGGCCCUGAAUAAAAGCCAGUCGAAGACAACGUGGAGCUGGAGGGCUGUGCAGGCAGGCAGAGACACACAGAAAAGACAAGGCUUGGAGAGCUGGUUUCUGAGAAAAAAAAUCACUUGUGUAUUUUUACAGAUAGAGAACGACAAAUGAGUAAACUGAAUCCUAGAAUCCUCUUUCUCUCUCUCUCUCUCUCUUAGUAUUGUCUUUGUAUGCCUGUAUAGUUGAUGUUGCAAUCAUGGCUUUUUUUUCCGGAGGAUUACCUGUGGUGUGCAUUGUUCUUGAUGAAAUGAUAUGAUGAUAUAUAUUUUUAAGUUUGUUUUCUUGUUUUCUAUUUUUUCUCUUCCUGUGACAGUAUCUCUGUAUGUGACUGUCUCACUAUGCACCCAAACGGCUUCAAUCUUGUAACUGCCUGCUUGAUUGUGGGAGGGGACCGGGAACUAAUAGAAUAUGCAUAUUAGUGAUUUUAAAACGAUUGAUUGAUUGACACCAAUGGAAACCGAUUUAUUGUUACAGGGGGGAUACACAUCAAUAAACUCACAAGUUCCAUA